CUGAAACCUGCCUUGUAUUCUUGGAGUUGGAUUUUCUAGCUUCUGUUUGGAAAGCAAGAAAGUGUGAAACAAAGCCAUGGCUCCGAAGCCUAAAGACAAAGCGAAACCCCCACAGGCGGCAUCGCAGCCGCCACCUCCUAUUGAAGAUCUCUUUGCUUCUCUCAACAAGCACAUUCAGAGAUCCGAAUUUGAACAAGCUGUCAAAGUCGCAGAUCAAGUUCUGUCAAUUGUCCCUGGGGACGAAGACGCGAUUAGAUGCAAGGUUGUGGCUUUGAUCAAGGCUGAUAAUAUAGAGGGGGCUCUUUCCGCCAUUGAGACUUACAAGAAAUCAACUGUUGAUUUCAACUUCUUCAAGGCAUACUGCUUGUACAGACAAAACAAGUUAGAUGAAGCUCUGGGCUCCCUGAAAAAUCAAGAGCGAGAUCCUGCAACCAUGCUUUUAGAAUCUCAGAUACUAUACCGUUUAGAAAAAUUGGAUGCCUGUAUUGAGAUCUAUCAAAAGCUUCAGAAGUCCAAGAUUGAUUCUUUGGAGAUAAAUUCUGUGGCUAGCUUGGUUGCUGCUGGAAGGGCUUCAGAAGUACAAGGAAUGUUGGAGGCACUACGGGUUAAAGCGACUAGCAGCUUUGAAUUGGCAUUUAACACUGCUUGCUCAUUAAUUGACAGAAACAAGUAUGCAGAUGCUGAACACCUCCUGUUGUCAGCCAGAAGAAUUGGUCAAGAAACAUUAAUGGAGGACAAUUUGCCUGAUGAUGAGAUAGAAAUUGAGUUGGCACCGAUAGCUGUUCAGUUGGCCUAUGUUAAACAGCUCCUUGGGAAUAAACAAGAGGCUGCUGAAGCAUACACAGACAUAUUUAAACGAGAUCUAGCUGAUGAGUCAUCACUUGCAGUGGCUGUGAACAACCUAAUUGCGGUAAGAGGUCCAAAAGAUGUUUCUGAUGGUCUAAGGAAAUUUGAUAGGCUGAAAGAGAAGGAUAUACAAAACUUUCAGCUUGCCCGUGGUCUUGAUUUAAAGUUGUCGCCGAAGCAAAGGGAAGCAAUAUAUGCAAAUCGGAUACUUUUACUUCUUCAUGCAAAUCGGCUGGAUCAGGCUCGAGAGCUUGUUGCUACAAUUUCAGAGAUGUUUCCUCAUUCUGUAACGCCAGUACUACUCCAGGCUGCAGUUCUGGUCAGAGAAAAUAAAGCCGUGAAAGCUGAAGAAAUCUUGGGGCAGUUUGCUGAGAAGUUCCCAGAAAAGUCCAAGAUUGUUAUCUUAGCAAGGGCACAAGUUGCUGCUGCUGCCAAUCAUCAUCAGGUUGCUGCUGAGUCCCUCGCCAGUAUACCCGAUAUCCAGCACAUGCCUGCCACUGUUGCCACCAUCGUUUCUCUCAAAGAGCGUGCAGGAGAUGUUGAUGGUGCAGCUGCUGUGCUUGAUGCUGCAAUCAAAUGGUGGUCAAAUUCCAUGAACGAUGACAACAAGCUUAAUGUCAUCAUGCAAGAGACUGCUUCCUUCAUGCUCAGACAUGGUCGAGAAAAGGAUGCUGCAAGUCUGUACGAGGAGCUUGUGAAAAGCCAUGGAAGUGUUGAAGCAUUGGUUGGGCUGGUAAGUACUGUUGCUCGUGUGGAUGUUAGCAAAGCAGAAGCAUAUGAGAAAAAGCUUAAACCAUUACCAGGAUUGAAGGGAGUCAAUGUGGAUAGUUUGGAAAAGACAUCUGGGGCUAAACAUGUUGAGAUUGCUUCUCAUGACAAGGCCACUGAAGCGUUUGACGAGGGGAAGAAAGCAAAGGCAAAGAAAAAGAGAAAGAGAAAGCCAAAGUAUCCUAAAGGGUUUGACCCUGCAAAUCCAGGACCUCUUCCAGAUCCUGAAAGGUGGCUUCCUAAGAGAGAGAGGUCAAGCUACAGACCAAAGAGAAAGGAUAAGAGAGCAGCUCAGAUAAGAGGUUCUCAGGGUGCUGUAACUAGAGAUAAAAAUGAAGGUGGCUCUUCGGGUGCCGCCUCCAGUACUUCCAAUUCAAAAUCAAAUCAAGCAACCACCUCAAAAGCAGCCUCUUCAACAUCAGACCAACCUAAAUCCAAGUCCAAAAAAAAGAAGUCCAGGAACUAACCUUAAUUUGUCCUCCCCCACUCUUAAUGCCCAUUCGACAUUUUGCAGAUUUUGCUUAAUUUCUGAUCAUUUUCCUUAAAUGACUACAGCUAGUUGGUAUUUAAAAGUGCAUCUUCGGCCUUGCCGUUACUUUGUUUUAAGGCGUUAUAAACCAGUUGAUUAGUUUAGCUACAGAGAGCAUGGUAUGAACUGUUUGCUAUUUUCUGGUAUUCAGUGGAGACUUGAAAUGCGUUUAUGUCAAUUUAUCCCAAUUCAUAUCUUUUAAAAUUAA